UGAGAGAAGAAGAGAACAGUGAAGUGCUAUGAGGGCCGGCUGGAGAAUAACAGAACAACCUCUGGUCACAAGGACAGAGCAAAACAAACUAGCCUCAUUCACAGAGCUUGUUAUCGUCUAUUUCAAACUCAUCACGUCUACUUCAGGACCGAGCGUCAUGGCUGCUUACGGACAGACCCAGUACAGCCCCGCGCUCCAGCCUGCAGGACCAUACGCACCUUACACCCACCACACGCAGGGCUACAGCAUGCCGUCUUACAACAUUAAAACAGAGGACGGUCUGAGUCACUCUCCAGGACAGACUACAGGACUGUUGGGAUACUCAAACUUCAGCAGCACGACUCCCAGUCCGAGUCUCUACAGCUACUCACACACACACGGUGGUGGAAUUUCAUCUGGAAUAUUUCAAGGCACCCAUGCAAUCUCCAGUACAACCCCAUUCAACCCGACCCAGCAGGAGUUUUCAGCGUACUCGAGCUACAGCCAGGGUCAGUACUCUCCGUAUUACAACUCGCAUCACUACAACAGCCCCUACCUAACCGGCAGCAACAUCAGCCCUGCUGCCAUCACGGCUCCGUUAGCCUAUCAGCAUCCAGAACACCCGGUCAUGCUGCCCAAUCACAGCCCAGAGUCACACACAGCAGAGUACCACCCUCCGCCCAGUCCCCCCACACCAGGCAAAGAGGAGGGGGUCGCAGCACGGCGGGGGUCCGAUGGGAAGUUGAGAGGCCGGAAAAGAGCGAGUGACCCCGCUCCACCGCUGGACUCUGACAUCGAGCGGGUGUUUAUCUGGGACCUGGAUGAAACCAUCAUCAUUUUCCAUUCGCUCCUCACGGGAACCUUCUCCUCACGAUUUGGCAAGGACUCGUCCAAGGCCGUGUCUCUUGGUCUGUGGAUGGAGGAGAUGAUCUUCAAUCUGGCCGACUCCCGACUCUUCUUCAACGACCUGGAGGAAUGUGACCAGGUUCAUAUUGAUGACGUGGCAUCAGAUGACAACGGACAGGACCUGAGCACUUACAACUUCGGGUCGGACGGCUUCCAGAGCCCAGCGGGGGCCGGCUCCCUCUGCCUGGGGUCAGGGGUCCACGGGGGGGUGGACUGGAUGAGGAAACUGGCUUUCCGAUACCGCAGAGUGAAGGAGAUCUACAACACGUACAAGAACAAUGUUGGUGGUUUGCUGGGCAGCCCCAAGCGAGAGGAGUGGCUGCAGCUGAGGCGAGAGAUGGAGGUGCUGACUGACCUGUGGCUGACUCAGGCUCUCAAAGCUCUGGCGCUCAUCAACUCCAGGCCGAACUGUGUGAACGUGUUGGUGACGACCACCCAGCUGAUCCCAGCUCUGUCCAAGGUGCUGCUGUACGGACUGGGCGCAGCUUUCCCCAUAGAGAACAUAUACAGUGCCACCAAAACAGGCAAGGAGAGCUGCUUCGAGCGCAUCUCCCAGAGAUUCGGGCGGAGAGCAGUGUACGUGGUGAUAGGAGAUGGAGCCGAAGAAGAGGCUGUGGCCAAGAAGAAGAACAUGCCGUUCUGGAGGGUGUCCUGUCGGCCCGACCUGGAAGCUCUGAGCCAUGCACUGGAGCUGGACUACCUCUAGAGGGCGCCAUUUAUCAAACUCCACUUCUUUUUUUUCGAUCUGAAACAUGAAACGCUCCUGAGUACCUGAGUACAGCCGGGGGGUGGGGGGAAUGUGCCCCCAGAGACUGAUUCAGAGUCAGUAUUUGCUAUUUGGAGUGAGCCCCCGGGCGGACAGUUUCACAGCCUGAGGAGCUGUGAGGAUCUUAAAGCGAGGCUGCAGUUUAUCUCCGACUCAUAAACAUGAAGCCAGAAGACCUGGACCAAAAAGACAAGUGUAAAAAAAAGAAAAGGGACCAAAGCUUCAUAACCGACCCCAGGAAAAGUUUUUUUUAAUAAUUCAGUUCAUGUCAAGUUUAUGGCAACAAAGAAUGCACUGAAAACUAACUCUUACAUCCUUUUUUAAUGAAAACACAGUGAGUAUGUCUGCACGGAUGAACCGUUCAGAAUAGAGUUAGACUGUCUGUGUCUUUUUUAUAUUUGUUGUGACUCGGCCAACGCUAUUUUAAAAUCGUGGGAUAGAUUUGACAUCCACUAUUAUUUUAGAAUCGUUUUUUUAUUCACAUCAGGUAGAUAAAUAUCACAUAACAUUCUCCUCAUAGUUAGAGGCUAUUGAAAAUAGUCUGUGUUUUAUCAUUCAAAUGUGAGCUAUUUAUUAUUGGUUCAAUUGGUUUAUAUAGUUUGGGAGCUUUACAUGGAAAACUUUCCCCUUCAAAGACCAAAACUCUGCUCUUGUAAAAAAUGUUUGGACGUUGUCUUGAAGAUGCUGUAUCAUAGGCUCAAAUCCUUCCUUUUCUGGGUUGUACAUGUUUUUCCUGUUUUUAAUUCUUCUUUUCUGUCCUUGUUUAAUUUCCCAAUAACCUGUUUGUAAUAUAGAUGAACUGGUAUGGUUGUGCAUGUGCCGAUUACACUGCCUGUCAGCUUAGCUAUGAUCUGUAUAUAAGGCUUUAUUGUCGAUUUUGUUUUGACAGAGUGAAAAAUAGAUUAAUAAAGAUAAAUUAAUUGUA